AUGAGAAACCUCCUGGCCGCCAGCAGACGACCCCCAGCCAGCCAACAACCACCAUCCCCCCCAGCAGGAUACAACUCAAACUCAGCUUUCCCAGAACGGACACUCCCAAACGAUAACAACAUGCUGUCAUCCCAGAAACCACCACAGCCACCGGGGAAUAGCAUCAAGAAGCAGAGCCUCUUCGCACGGCUCAUCCAGCCCCACCCAUCCCCAGCAACGGCCCAGCUCAGAACACCCUCCCCCUCAAACCAAUCACUCGUCGAGCAGACAAUCGACUGGGCCUGUAAACACGACACCCAUCUCCAAAACUGGCCACACAUCCUCGAACUCUCCGACAGACUCUCGAAAAGCGAACCAGAAUCACGGGAAGCCGUCAAGUCACUCAAGAAACUCAUCAAAACAUCCGCAAAACAACCCAUCCAGAUAAGGGCUAUCAGACUUACCGUCAUCCUUGUCUUGAAUUCAUCUGACCGAUUCAGACUUCUUGUCGUGAAGAAAUUACUCGACGUACUCGAAGAUGUCUACCACAAAUCCGCAAAGAGUAGCCGAAAGCAGCCCGUCAAAGAGAUCCUUUUUCAAGCAUUCGCUAUCCUUGGUCAUGAAUUUCAGCAUGAUGAAGAUUUAAGUGCAUUCACCCAUUUUUACAACAAAGUCAAGCCCAGUGACGCGCCCUUGAAUGGGACCCCGCUGAAUGCAUCCGAUGGGAUGUUUGCACCCAUCCCAGUCAAUCCGACACCCGGCCCUCCACCCCAGCAACAGGCAACAGGUCUGUACCCACCCCAGCCGACCCUCGAGGCCGUGCAACAGACGAUCCCAGCAAUGCGCGACGUCCGGGAAGAGGCUGAGAUAGCAAGGUGUAAUGCUAGGCUGCUGAUUGAGGCCCUCGCGUUCACCCAUCCAUCUGAAAUGGAGUCUAACGAAAUCAUCCAGGAAUUUUACACGAAGUGUUAUCAGAGCCGAAACCAACUGAUGGAUGAUAUCCCUUGGGCGACCGAACAAGCCGAGCACGCCCGAGCCUAUUAUGAACGACAAGCGGCUGCCGCUCAAUCGGCCCAACCACGAGAGCCGCGGGUAGGGCGAACAAAUCCAUAUGAGAACGAGGGGGCUCCGAAUGGGGAGCGUGGGAGUUCACGGGAAGAGCAGCUCCUGUCGCUGUUACUGUCAGUGAACACCGAGCUGGUCGACGCCUUUCGACAGUACGACGAGGUCGAAAGCCUGGCCCGAGCCGAGCGCGAGCUUCAAGAGGCCAAGGAACUGUCGAAACACCAAGCCGGCCGCAACAAUGACCCUUUCGACGAGACCAUCAUCACUCCCGUCGAACGCUCCGAAAAAGCCCUCGGUAAAAUGCGCAGGUUUAGCGGAAGGUCUGGCUCCCUCGCUGCUCCUCUCGGCUUCGACUCCAACCAUAUUCAGCUCGACCAUAACCUCCACGAUCUUGACAAUCAGCAUCCGGCUUCUCACAAUUAA